CGCCACCGCCGCCGUCGCCUGCGCGUUCCGGACCUGCACUCUACCUGCAUGUACGCAUAUACGCACAUAUAUAGCUACACGGUGGAUGAUGCACACAGCACCUGCAGCAUCGACGCAGCAGAAAUGGUAUCUGUGGAGCCUGCCUGUGGUAGAUGACACUGCCCGCUCACGUGGGGUGCUGGGCUCUUUUCUUGCAACUUGCUUGCUUGCACGCCCACACCCACCUUUAAUUCCAUCCAUCUCUUUUUUCUUUCCUUUUUUUUUGCCGCGACUCUACACAUGCCCUCAUCACAGGCUUUAUUCCACGGAUUUCCUGGCGCUCUAAUCGUUUUGUUUAUCAUUUGGCCAACCCCAAUUGGAGAUUUUCUUGUGACAAGGUUAUUCACUUUUGGAUUUCUUUUUUUUUCCUAUCCUGAAGGCAAUGGGACCGCUCUUGUGCUCUUCCUCUCCCCAGUGCCGACUUUCUACCGCAUCUGGAAGAAGGGGUCGGUGGAGCAGUACUCGCCAGUGCCGUACGUUGCGACGCUGCUCAACUGCAUGAUGUGGGUGCUGUACGGGCUGCCCCUGGUCCACCCGCACAGCAUGCUCGUCAUCACCAUCAACGGCACCGGCAUGGCCAUCGAGCUCACCUACGUCACGCUCUUCCUCCUCUACUCCGCUGGUGCCGGCCGCCGCAAGGUCCUCCUCCUCCUCGCCGCUGAGGUCGCCUUCGUCGCGGGCGUCGCCGCGCUCGUGCUCAACCUUGCGCACACGCACGAGCGAAGGUCCAUGAUCGUGGGAAUCCUCUGUGUCCUCUUCGGCACUGGCAUGUACGCGGCGCCGCUCUCAGUCAUGAAAAUGGUGAUCGAGACGAAGAGCGUGGAAUACAUGCCCCUGUUCCUGUCGCUGGCGUCCCUGGUGAACGGCAUCUGCUGGACUGCAUACGCUCUCAUCCGCUUCGACCUCUACAUUACUAUCCCGAACGGUCUGGGAGUGCUGUUCUCGGUGGCGCAGCUGAUCCUGUACGCCAUCUACUACAAGUCCACGCAGCAGAUCAUCGAGGCGCGCAUGCGCAAGGCCGACCAGGUCGCCAUGACCGAGGUCGUCGUCGACGGCAAGUCCAACAACAACAACGGCGCCGGCCACUACUGAUCGAGCAGCUGAGCUGCAGCCGAGCUGCGCGAUGAUGAUAUGUUGUCACACGCAGCUGGGAGUAUUGUAUUAAUUAAAAGUGGCCUUCCUAAUCCCAAAGCUGGGAUGUGUAAUUAAUCCCAAAGGAUGCGACGCUUCAUUAGGUGUGAGAAAGGUGGGGUGUUUUAGCUAAUUCCACCUUCGAGGCGGGUAACAGUUUUUUUUUUUUUUUCGGACUAGGCAUUAGAUUAUUUUCCAAAGGAAUAAGUGGCCUUUUUCUGUUUCUAUAUUGCUGAACGAGAAGAAGGCCUUUGGCAGCAAGUCUGCACUCAAAUGUUUCCACUCUAUAGAUGUUUGAACUUCUGAGUGCAAACGCACAGGCAAAUUGUUGGAGAUAAUGCGAAGUAUGAGCACAUGAUGUAACACACUUGCAAAUUCUAGGAGACGUAUCUGCUUUCA